AUGGUUCUGGCCGAGUUGGGCCGCAAAAUAACUUCUGCUUUGAGGUCCUUGGGCAACGCAACGGUCAUUAAUGAGGAUGUGCUUAAUAGCCUUUUAAAGGAAGUAUGCACUGCUCUUAUUGAAGCUGAUGUGAACAUUCGCUUGGUCAAACAGCUUCGCGAGAAUGUCCGAAGUCAGAUCGAUUUCGAUGAAAUGGCUGCCGGAUUAAACAAGCGGAAGAUGAUACAGUCAGCUCUUUUUAGGGAACUUGUACGGCUUGUAGACCCACAAGUCAAAGCAUGGCAACCACACAAGGGUUCAUCUAAUGUGAUCAUGUUUGUUGGGCUUCAAGGUAGUGGUAAAACGACAACUGCAACUAAACUCGCUUUCUACUAUCAGAGAAAAGGUUGGAAGACCUGUCUUAUAUGUGCUGAUACGUAUCGUGCCGGCGCUUUUGAUCAACUAAAGCAAAAUGCCACAAAGGCACGGAUACCCUAUUAUGGAUCAUACACGGAAACAGAUCCUGUCGUAAUAGCCCGGGAUGGCGUAAAAAAAUUUGAAGAAGAAAAUUUUGAUGUCAUAAUAGUUGAUACAAGUGGUCGACACAAGCAAGAAGAUUCUCUCUUCGAAGAAAUGCUCCAGGUAUCAAAUGCUAUUGGACCCGAUCAAGUUAUUUAUGUAAUGGAUGCAUCGAUUGGACAAGCCUGUGAAGCACAAGCUAGCGCAUUUAAGUCUAAAGUAGAUGUAUCAUCGGUUAUAAUAACUAAAUUGGACGGGCACGCUAGAGGCGGUGGUGCGCUUAGUGCUGUUGCUGCCACUCACAGUCCCAUAAUAUUUAUUGGUACCGGGGAGCACAUAGAAGACUUUGAGCAAUUCCGUGUCCAGCCGUUUGUUCAGAAAUUACUUGGUCUAGGUGAUUUAGAGGGUCUUGUUGAGCGGGUAAACGAGCUCAAGCUGGACGAAAAUGAAGAACUCAUGAAAAAACUCAGACAGGGAGUUUUUACAUUGAGGAAUAUGUAUGAACAAUUUCAAAAUAUAUUGAAGAUUGGAUCCUUCUCUCAGGUUCUCUCUGCAAUCCCUGGCUUGGGUCAAGACCUGCUUACCAACGACCAGGUAACUAUGAAUAUUGUAGAAAAACUGGGUUUCGAAGAAUCUCUUGAUAGGCUGAUGUCGGAGUACCUUUCAUUUCGUUUGAAGAGGCGAGUGGAAGGGAUUCGUAGGUUGGUUCACCGUAGGCUGCAGGGUGAUUUGCUGGAUCGGGGUUUCGCGCCGAGUAUCUAUUCGCACUAA